CCAGUCGCCACCCACCCCCACCAGGGCACCAGGCCACCACUCUCUCUUCUGGUCUCUGGAAUAUGCCAUUCGUCGUUUGUCAUCAUCCCACGGCAUGGCAUCCUCUCCGCUGGCACCGGCCCGGACCUACUCGCCCCUAGCGCCCAAGCUGCCGCUGCCGCUGCCCCCGCCGCCGUGUGGCCGCUCUACUCGUCGCUAUGCUGCGGCCGCACCCCGGUCCGUGCGCGCGCGAGUCAGAGCGACGAAUUCAGGCGACGGCUCGGCCUCCGCGGCGACGGAGGAUGGGAGGAAGCGGUGCCUGAGGUGCGGCGGCAUGUACCGGGACGACGAGAACCACCCGACGGCCUGCGCCUUCCACGGCCACGUCACAGGCGAGAAGGGUCUGUUCUCGCUGUCGCCGCCGCACCAGGGGAUCGACGGCGAGUGGAGCGACAGGAGUGGGGUCAUCGUGUACCGCUGGAACGACGAGGGGAGCCGCCCCAGCACCGGCCGCGCCAACUGGAAGAAGCGCUGGAGCUGCUGCCAGGAGCGCGAGGAGGACGCGCCGCCGUGCCACCGCGGGUGGCACGUCUCCUACGACGACGGCUACACCCUAUUCUAGCUUGCCGCUACCCGUGGUGCUGGCCAACUGCCUUCGCCCUGUCCUCCAUGCAUGCGGAUUGGGGAGAGCCGGCAAGGGGUAGCGUCGCCUGUGGGUGAGGGGCGGCGGCGUCACUAGUGCGGGAGGAGUUUGCCAAGGAGACGAGCGGGAGGAUAAGGCUGAUUGGGAGAAGGAUCGAUCCCCUCUGUGGUCUUCGGAGUUCAGAGGAUAAGAAGGGUAGGAUUGUCAUUUUAAGUCGGUCUAUGUUAGUCAAAGUGAUGAAAAUAAGUUUUCAGUGAAUAAAAUGUAACAUAAUGGUAUUUUCAGUUAACAUUUGUAUACGGGACGAGGUCAUUGAUGGUAUUUUUCGAAAGUCGCGAUCUUUCAGUGCUA